CUUCUGGGCCAGUGAAUGAAGGGGUGGAGUGAGCUGGCUCGGUGUGACCGUGAGUCACUCAUGCCCAUGUCUCCCCGAGAGCCCGCCCGCCCUUGGCAGGCCGUCCAGGGUGAGGUGGGUGGGCAUGCCCUGGGCCCCUCAGAAUUCCCGGUGUCAGGGCCUCCCUCCUUGCUGCCUCCUUGAGCCACGCUGUGGAGGGCACGGCAGCUGGCUGGCCUGCAAGUAUCUUUUCCUCCUCCCACUGGUCUGAGUUGCCCCUUGUCCCGGAGGCCAGCAGACCCUUCCUGAGGGCCCGGGGUGGCUCCUGAGGCGGCCUCCUCCCCCUCCCUACUGGCUGGGUGGGGGUGGGAAGGGGGAGGGUGCCGCCAGCUGAGCCCCGAUGAUUUCCUGCCCUCACCCGGCGCUCACCACAGCUUCCUGCCGCAGGCAGGCAGGCGCUGAGGAGAGGCAGGCGCAGAGCCCAGGGGCAGGUAGGGCUGGGGCACAGGGUCUGUGUAGGGGUGGCUGGCGCCCCAGACUCCAGGCCAGGGCCUGACUGCCCUGGGUUCAAGGGUCUUCCAGAGCCCGCGCUGACGCCCACUCAGCCCGCUGAGGGGAGGAGACCCAGGGAGCCCCCGAGGAGGGCGCAGCUGCCCCCCACCAGGCUCCCAGCCUGGUGCCCGCUCGGCCCCUGUACCCUUUCUGGCCUGGCCCUUGGCCUGCUGCUGCUCUGUCCCGGAGGGGUGUGCGGCGAGCAGCUAGGCCCGGUGCAAGCUCUCCCUGCAGAUGGAGGCAGUCAGCCUGGGCCUCUUUGUGCUGGGCCUCCUGCUGCUGCCUCUCUUGGCCGUGCUGCUGAUGGCACUGUGUGUGCGUUGCCGAGAGCUGCCAGGCUCAUAUGACACUGCUGCCUCCGAUGGUUUGACCCCAAGUAGCAUCGUGAUCAAAUCGCCUCCCACACUCGCCUCCUGGCCACCAACCACUUCCUACCCGCCUGUGACCUACCUGCUGCAGAGCCAGCCAGACCUGCUCCCCAUCCCGAGAUCCCCACAGCCACCCGGAGGCUCCCACCGCAUGCCGUCUUCCCAGCAGGACUCAGAUGGUGCCAACAGUGUGGCCAGCUACGAGAACGAGGGUGCGUCAGGGACCCCGGCGGCCCUGGUUGGGAGGACGCUGGGGCCUGUCCUGGGCUCUGCUGACCCUGUGUCGUUAACCCCCCCAGAGGCGGUCUGUGAGGAUGCGGACGAAGACGAGGAUGAGGAAGACUAUCCCAACGAGGGCUACUUGGUGGUGCUUCCUGACAGCAUCCCGGCCACUGGCGCCGCCGUCCCACCAGCUCCUGUGUCCAGCAACCCUGGCCUCCGAGAUAGCGCCUUCUCCGUGAAGUCGGGGGAAGAUUACGUGAACGUUCCUGAGAGUGAGGAGAGUGCAGAUGCGUCCCUGGAUGGGAGCCGGGAGUAUGUGAACGUGUCCCAGGAGCUGCCGCCCGUGGCGAGGACCAAGCCUGGUGUGUGUCGGGGGAGCCAGCCGGAGUUCCCAGGAGAUGGAAGAUGAGGAAACUCCAGAUUAUGAGAAUCUCCAGAUUCACUGAAGGCCUGUGAGAGGCCGUGCGGGUUCUGGAGCCAGCCUUGCCUGGGAGUGCUGAGCUGAGCAGCCGGCAGUGGCUCUGUGGGCCCCCACUUGGCACCCCGCCCCGUCUCCAACCUGACGACAGCCUGAGAACUUUCCCCCUAACUUAUUGUCACUUUGGGGUCCAGUCUGUGUGGCCCCAGUACCCUGCACCUUCUGACGCAGCCUGAGAAUGAACCACCCCGGCCCCAGCCCUUCUCUGUAACAGAAUAAAGGCUGCUGUGGUCUGUAGUGCUCUUAGCUUUGGGGGGCGCAGUGGGUCGGAGUCAGGGUGAGGGUGGGCUGUGUCUGAGGUCCUGAGUGUGUGUGUGUGUGUGUGUGUGUGUGUGUGUGUGUUUAUGGGUCUCCAUCCUCACAGACCCUCUGUGCUCCCGAGGGUCCUGACCAGGUAUGUGUGAGUGACUGAACGAAGCCUGGGACACGUCACCUUCUGAGUGAGGCAGUUCUGAGCCCGGCUGGCACUCCUGGGGCUCAGGUGCAUCUCCUCAUGAGAUAGUUCUUGGAAGUGGCAGACGAUGGCCGAGGUGAUGGGAGAACAGGGCGUGGGGAAGCGCUGGGUGGGCGUCUAGAGCAAGACCC